AUUCAGCUGUGCACACACUGUAGCAGGCUACAAGUUGAGGGAAGAAAUACUAGAUCUCCUCAUCAGUAGAACUAGAAAAGAUUGCGUUCUCUGGCUUGCAUGAUUGGGCAUGCAAAUUCUUCAAGAUUUUGGGUCAAGCGUGAAAACUUCCUUUUUUAAAUCUUGUUUUAGAGCAAUGGUGUGUGCCCCAGACUGCAAAUAGCAAAAUCUCAGAGAUAUCAAGCUUUAGUGCUGCAUGAAGAUGUAUGUUCAGACAGUCGGGUGGUUCGUAUUUCUGACCCUACUAACAAAUUUUUCUUACACCACGCCACAGAUCCUCUUCAAAUUAGAUGGCGGUCCCCUGACAGCUCAAGAGGGGUCCUGCAUUGAAAUCCAAUGCAGAUCCACUUUUACAGUUAAUGAUCAGGAUGCCUACUGGUUUUGGAUGAAGGAUAGUAAUUGGAAUGGCAGUGUUUAUAUUGGCACUGUCAUUUACAGCACUGAUACCUCACUUCGUCCUGUCAGUCCAGACUUUGCAGGCAGAGUGAAAUAUAUCGGUUCUCCAUCUUCACACUGGCAGAGUCGUCCUCAAGACUCAAAAAUACUUUGCAGUAUUUUAAUCUGCAACCUGACCACAACUGACAGCGGGAGCUAUAGUUUUAGAUUUGUAGGAAAGUAUAAGGAAAAAUGGAAAACAGAUGAAGUGAACCUCACAGUUACAGAAAAUCCAUGCCCCAUCACUUUUCAGAAACCACCUCCAGUAACCCAAUCUGCCACGGUAACGCUCACAUGCUCCACUUUAAGUUCGUGUCCUUCAAACCCACAAAUAAAAGGUUUGUCAAAACAGUCCCCAACACUGCAAUCAAGAUAUGAACGAGACGGAACACAAAAAGCCAGCUUUAAAGCCGACUGGAAGCACGAUGGGAUGGAGUUUUCAUGCCAAAUACAAAAUAACAUAGACCCAUACUUGAUUUGGAGUAUCAGUGUAACUGUCGAAUAUCCUCCUCAAGGAACAUUGGCUAAAGUAAGUUCUACAAACAUCAAGGAAGGAGAUCGUGUGACUCUCACUUGCUUUGCCAAAGGACGUCCUGCGCCCACCUUCACCUGGUUUCGAAACAAACAGAAAAUGUCCUCAGAGGCAGAAUGGAAGAUCCCAUCAAUUCAGGGCUCUGAGAGUGGACAAUACUACUGUGAAGCUAACAACACACAUGGAAAAGUGGGAUCAAACACGGUCAUUAUUGAUGUUACAUAUGCGCCUCAAGUUGAGGUAAGCAUGACGUCGCCUGCUGUGGUUAAACAAGGGGAUGAAAUUGCUUUAACAUGUGAUGUGAGGAAAAGCAAUCCACAACCUCACACCUACUCUUGGUUUAAAGAUGGGGUUGAUACUGGUUGCAGUACAUACCAGUAUGUUAAACGUGUCGAGCCUGAGGACAGUGGCUCCUUCACAUGUAGUGCCACUAACAGCGUAGGCACUGGAACAUCACAGCCACUUCAAAUUAUGGUUCAAUACGGCCCAAGGAAUACGAAAAUUUCCAAGAGUGAAAAUACUGAAAAUGUGAAAGUUGGUAACUGGCUUACAUUCUAUUGUAACACUGAAGCCAAUCCUGUGCCAGUGGAAUACUCCUGGUACCGUUACAAAGCGAAAGGACAGUUCAACCCACCACAGUGGACAUCGCAUACAACUAAGAUUAACCGUCUAACUCUGCACCCUGUACAAAGAACAGAUGAAGGUUGUUACACGUGUAACGCAACCAACAGCAUCAAAACUGGGGAUGAUAGUGGGCAAGUUUGCAUAAAAGUACUCUAUCCUCCCACCAAUCUCAAGCUGUCUAUGGAUACUGAGGCCAGGGAAGGCCAGCUCAUCGUCAUUAACUGCACUGUUGAAAGCUCCCCACCAUCAAGUCUCACCUUGAUCAGGACUUCUAAACCAAAUGCUCAGCGUUCAGAACUGUCUUCCACUCGACCCUUUACACAUCGUGACUCCAACACUCUCAAAUACACAAUUAACGUAACUUCGACCCACGCAGGCCUUUACACCUGCCAGGCAAAGAACAGCGAAGGUUCAAGCACAAGCAAGCAAAGGGAGUUGGAGGUGAAAUAUCGUCCAAAAGCUGUGACAGUAGAAGCGCGGCCCAGUCUUAUUGUGAAUGAAAACGCCUCAUUGACACUGAAGUGCAUUGCCCAGUCCCACCCAGCAGUGACCUCUUUCACCUGGAUGAAGACGACUGAUUUGAGGGGAGAAAGCUUCCCGAAGACUCAGACCCUCCAAAUGAAGUCUGUCAGUCCCUCUGAUAGAGGACUGUACAGCUGUGCGGCCACUAAUGAAAUGGGGACCGGACGCUCACAGCCGGCCAACGUUGAAGUCAUGUAUGCUCCCAAACACACAAACAUCACAAGAGAAGCAGAGCAGAAGCAGCCUAAAGGGAGGAGUUCGGUGAGGUUGAACUGCAGCAGUGACAGCUAUCCCCCAGCCACAGAGUAUUCAUGGUACAAGAAGAGAAAGGACAAGCAAGGGGAUGUGAAAGUGUUCGAUCGUCAGAGCUACACGGUGUAUUCAGACAAACCGGGAGUCUACUACUGCAUCGCAAAAAAUGAACUCAGUCAAAAGUCGUCUGACCCAGUCGAGCUGUUUGUUGACCGAGGCUUUAUGACAGCCCUGAUGUACACCUUCCUUGCUAUCCUGCUACUUGUUCUCAUCCUUUUCUUUGUCUAUAGACACAAGAGGAACAAAUCAAUUCAACAAGGAUCUACAAGCACACCAUCCUGUUUUGGCUUUCUGGGUUGGUGGAAUUGCGCCGGGAGGAGGAAUCUGACGAGCGAGCCCGUCACGGCAGAGCCGUUCAGGAGCAGAGAUGACCUCUUGCCAGAGCAGCGGCGCCGUCCACAGGCUCAGCAACGCCAGCCUCGUCCAGACACCACGCCUGCAUCCAACAUCAACAGUGUUUACUGCACUGUGAAUCUGCCCGCUGCAAAACAGGGUCCCUCGGCACAAAAGCCAGUCACACAGCAAGGUGGACACACAAAGGACGAGUCUCUCAACUACGCCUCUGUACACUUUGGAAAUAAGCAAAUGAAGAAGCUGGCGGAGGAGAAUGUCGUGUAUGCUAUGGUGUCUAAGCAGAAGCCAGCUAAAAAGAAUGAACCAAAGAAGCUGGUGGACUACGAGAACGUCAGUGCAGCACACGCAGCCAAAUCUCCAAAUCCCCUGAACUAUGACACCGACACCAGUGAGGAUGAAGUGGAGCUCAAUUAUUCACAGGUGAACUUCAAGGCAAAGACUGGACAUCAGAGAGCCGCCAGGGACUCCAGCAGCGACUCAAGCAGCGACUCCAGCACCUCUGAUGAAGAGGAGACGCAGUACUCUCAGGUCAAAAUCUGAGUUUAAGGUGGGCCGAGCCGUCUCUCCUCCUUCACACUGCAAUUACCCAUUAGCAUGUCGGAUUUAUCACAUGUGGUAUGAUAUGUGCUAUAUACUGCACACUGCAAUACUCCAUUUAUUUUGCAGUAUGCUAGGCCAGGCUUAGCCUCAUUCUGGUUCAGUGAGGUAGGCGUCGCACGUAGAGACAGGCAGUGUGUCCCAGGCCUGAGGAAAUAUUUACUGAAUUUCAUAUUCAGUGAAAAUCAUCAGUUUCUCCAGAAAACGUUGCGAUAUUCUUAGCCUACCUUACGGGUACACCCACCUUGUGUCUGAGUCACUGUACUGUAUUGUAUUUACAUUACAAUGUAUUAUUGUUGUUUUACUGCAUCAUUUUUCAUUUGUGUGCAUUAACAAGUAACAAACAGAAGAGAGGACAGUGACCAUCGUUUGGAGCUUUAUCCAAACCCCAAACAGAUAAAGGUCAAUUUUAACAUAUUAACUCCUGAAAGAAUGUAUGGGGAAAUGUACAUAUUUGUAAAGCUUUAAUGACAUCAGUGUGACGUUUGUGAACAUCCUGACAUGGCUGUAAAUGUUGUAAAGCUGUACAGCAGUAGCUUCACUGAUGCUUGUUUCUGAAAUAUGCAUGUUGAAACAGCGUGUGAUGGGCAUAAUGCCCCAUUUCAUUACACGAUUCGACUUCAGCUUUUGCAGAAGGAACGGCAUUUUUAUAAACAAGCACAAACAUAUUUAAUUUUUUAACAAAGAACAAAUGUAAAAUUAUCAUUUAAAAAAGUGGUUGACAAAUGUCACUCUGGACGUGCUUCUUUCACUCUGCACAAAGGGCUUAAAUAAAUUAAGAGAAGUUAGCAUUGAAACAUUAAACAGCUACACUGAACUAUAAAAGUCAUGAGUUUAAAGGGAACAUUUGUCGUUAUGGUUGAUUGUGGGGUGGUUAAAGGUUCAUCCCCAGUAUUCAGAUUAACUGACAUCUGUGUCAUGUAACUACCUACUUUAUGCAUAUAAAAUGUGCUAGACAUUUUUCAGUAAAGAGAUCCAGGAAGGACUGACAGAAAAGAGUUAAGACUGCCUGCAUCGCAGCUGCUGCAGACUUUACGAGGUUGUUCUGCUCAGCUGGACUCCGCUGACUGCGCAAAACUGAAUCAUCAUAAAGUCCUGCGUUUCAGCUAUCAUUUAAAUGACUGACUCACUUGACUGUCUCUUCUUCAUUUGCACGGCCUCCGUUGUCUCCUCUGGAGUGCAGGCGGAUCUGAGCAUACUCUGACGUCUUGGAGGCCAGGCCUCUGAUCUCCCCUUGUUCGAGCUUUCCCUCUGGCUUGGCCUGCAGUUUAGCGAAGUUCACACUGGCGUAGUGGACAAGGUUUUCCUCAGCAGCUCCUUCCUGUUCCACAAUGGCUUUAUUGGCAUAAAUCACAUCUACCUUUGACGAGUUUGUCUACGAGAAAACAAGAGGGCAAUUUUGUAUUUCUCUUCACCCAGUGACGCCCAAUUACAUGACAACAUUGUGGGAAAUAAGCUUUUCCCCCACACUCCAUAUAGCAACACACCCCAUUGUAGAACAUGACAACCACUUUGUAAUAAUGACUGCUUUAUAAGAGGUUUAUAAGUUGUGACGCAUUAUCAGAUAAAUUGUAAAGCAUUUAUCAUCAGGUCCACAGGCAAAUCAUUGUAACGGACAUGAAUCCAAGCUCACCACAGCUGUGCUCUUUAUAUGAAGGAAAAAACUCCAAACAUCCACCUCUCGUGCUCACAGUGAGCAGGUGUUCGACACUCAGCGUAUAGAUGAUUACAGUAUUUCUUUACUGGAC